UGAUCAUUGUCAUAAGCAAUAAAUUUGUUUUGAAAUUCAAAACAUUAUUUUCUCUAAACAAUUUUUCAUGUAUGUAAAAUUUUAUCAAUAAAAAAUAAAACACAACACAAAUGAUAGAUGACAUUACUCAAAAAUUCAAAGAAAUAUUAAAAAUAAAAUUAGUAAAUAAUAUAGCUCUCAAAAACAAUGUAAUAAAACACGAGUACUCUUAACUUUGAACCAAAACAAAGUCACAUAACACAUUAAAAAUAAAUUCACAUAAUCCUUUCAUUCAUCCUAAUAUAUCUUCUUAUUUUAUCCUCUCAUCUUGUGUUGUAUCCAACUUAACCGUUCUUCAGGUGACAUCUUCAAGAAGACAUAUUUUUUCCUUUGUUAUCAAGCAACUCAACCGCUUUAAACUGGGUGUCCUCAUCUAAGCCCGGGGUAUCCUUGAUGGCAUCCCAAAUUAAGAUAUGGGCGGUGAUGUGGACGGAAAAGGUGGGUCACUUUGAGGUUGGCUUAUGAAUGCAUCAUUUUCCAAGUCAUAAUCAAGGAGUUGAAGCGCAGCAGAAAGAGCCCAGGGAUUUCCGCUGCCUUAGAGAACCAUGCGUGUAAGGGAGAAGAACCGCAACAGGGAAUCGUUCCAGUUUGCUGGUUUUUUUCUGUGCGAAGGAGGUGCAGAAUCAGCAAAGGAUCCAGUGCAGUCACCGUUUUUGCAAGAACUGAUUCCAAUCUUUGGCUUAUACUCUACCAAGAACAAUGUUCGGAUUUAUUAUGAACAUUUAGAAAUUUAUACGAAGGAAUAUCAUCAAUCUGUGGAAGAUCAAGAUGGAGGUCUUGCUCCAAACAUAAGGCAUAUGGACACUUUGACCACCGACAAGGGAGGCAAUGAUGUUGCAUCAAUGGACUACAAAUCGAUGAAGGAGAGGGCAUACAAGCAUCGCGUUACGUUUGUUAGAGGACGUGAUUGUGUAGGUUGUAGGGAAAGAAGGCUACCGCUUUGUGGCUCAGAAGAGGUGCAGUCAGCUCUGCACUCUAGAGAGAUACGCCAAAGAAGACAAGCACGAGCGCGGAAGACUAUGCUUCUAGAUUGAUGACAACAAAGGGAAACAAAGGUAACAAGAAACACUUGUUUGAUAAUUGUGUUUUUAAAAUCCAAGCUCAACUCGAAAUUGUGUAUUUUAAUUAUGUACACGAUACGAUAUUAUAUGCACAUGUGAAUAAAUUACGAGACAUAAU